CUUGUGUUUCCAAACGUGAUCAGCACACCCUCAAUCACUUAAAGAUCAGUCUUAUAAACGAUAUCAAUGGGUAACAGCUUUGGCUUCUUGAAGGUUGAGGCGGAAGGCGGAUUCCAAUUCACUGUGGUAGAAGCUUGCAAGGCUGAAGCCAUCGAUUUGGGCCAGACUUGCAAUCUGACGUUCGGGACUGAUCAGCAACUCAUUUCCAUUGGCAAUGUCACCAGAGGGGCGAUGAAGCCGAUGCCAGGCAUAGCGGGAAUAGGCAUAUGGUUCGCAAUGCUUUUGUUUUUCGGUGUUGUUGUUUGUGCCCUGCUAUUUGUAGUUGUCGAGAUCCUAACAAGAUCCACUGCUCCUAACUCUGGUAUUGUUGCUUAUUUCAAAGAGUCGCCAGUCAACGACCCCGAUGAGCUGAACCCGAAGAAAAGAAAGAAAGGUAUCUUCCGAGCAGCUGGACGAACCUUUAUCCUCGGAGUGUCGGACACGCAGACUAUCUUCGUUGGAGCCUUUCUUCUUGGUUUUGCUGGUCAAAGCAAAUGCCAACUUACGAGCUACCACUUCACUGUGGCUGUGAACCAAAUGAUGAUUGCCUUGUCCGUGAUGACCUUCUCGGUCGCGCUGAUACGAACGUAUUGGCGCAAUCCGCUCGCGGCAGCAUUUCGACUGAUCUUAUCGCUCGGAGCUUUCGUCGGGGUCGGCCUCACGAUAUUCAGGAAAGCAAACUACGCGCCUGACUGGCCGCCACCCAAUACUCGAAAUGACAGCGCGAUUCUGCUCCCCGUAGCUUGCUUGCUCGAGUCUGAUCUACGAUCACACGCGCAAGAACAAGCAAGGCAAAGCAGAGCUGAUAUUGGUUUCGGAGAAUUGGAUACAUGGCCGAUUGAGAGAUGGUUCUUUAUAACGUUGGCUAUCGCCUUCCUUGUUGCGCACGCCUCUAUUCCCAUCCGGUUCGCGGAGAGAAGAAACCACGUGCCCGAGAAAUGGAAGAGAUUUCGUGCGUUUGUCACUGUUACGUAUUGGGCAUAUAUGCUACUUCCUCCGACAGUCACAUCUGUGGUGUGCUGGGCGCGUGUGUACCAAACGCGAGAAUGGGUCAAGCGUUCGGGCUGGAUUGGAUCUCCCAACACCGAGUACAUCAUCUGGGAUUCGGGUCAGUUGAUUGCUAUGGGUGUGCUGAUAUCAGUCAUCAUGAACGUGCUCUCUGAGAUGUUAACCAGGGAAGACAAAAUUGCCAAAAGAAAGAAGAUGGAUGAGUACCGACAGGUAGGAAGUGUCUAUCAUGACAGCGACUACGAGCUGAGGUCAAGGCUUUAAAUGUGUACCUUCAACGAAACCACGAAACAGCUGUGUUUUAGUAUCGAGUCUGGGCUAUGUAAAUAUCUGAGCAAUAUGACUGUAGUUAUUGG